GUUGAACUAGAUGGACUUUUGUCUUUUGUCAACCAGACUAACUAUGUAACUAUGAAGUGGGAGGAAAUACCUACAAAGCGAGGAAAUCCCUGGUUGUCCCCAGGAUCAUCAGAACUAGUGUCCCCAUUGGAUGAUUUCCUUUUUAUUCCUGUUCUGUGAUAUAAUUUUCCUUGUUAUUAUUAUUUUGGUCCAGGGGCAGACUGACAACUCAUGGGGCCCCCAGGCAAUAGGGGAUCAUGGGGCCCCUGUGUACUUGCCCAAACUCAAAAAAGCCUAUGAAAAAGGUACCAGGGGCAUCUCAUGGGACCCCCUACUGACCCCGGGUCCUCGGGCAGUGCGCAAGUUUCCAAAUGGUCAGUCCGCUCCUGUUUUGAUCCUUAAG